AUGGAAAUUUUGCGAGAAUUGCACUUGAAAUUGGUCACUCUGAGCCCUUUGGAGCCAACGAGUAUAGAAUCAGGGCUGGCUUCGCUUCUUGUGAAGGGCCAGUUUCUGCAGCUGUUUGAGGAAGAGCCUUUCAGUAGCCAGGUCUUCCAGAACGAGGCUGUUUUGAGUCUUACAAAAAAAGUUGUUGCUAAAGAAUUGGAUUUCAGCGGCUAUGUGGAUCAGCUAUGCAAUCAUAUCAUCACCGCUUUGUCGGCAGACUCGGAACAGACGAAAACGCUGGUGCUAGAACUCGCCGUGCUCUUCUUACAAAUCUUUGUGGAGAACAACUUCACAGGUCCACAAAUCAACUUCGAGGAAAAGAGUGAAUUUUUGGGGUUUAUAGGACUUUUGAUUUUUGACAAAGACAUCGAGUAUGAGUCGUUAUCUUUGCUCGCGAUUUCUGGUCAGCAGAGCUAUGAGCUUUCACAGUUACCAGUGCUAUUGGUGUUAUCGCUACGUCUUCUGGAAAUCCUUCAAAAAGUUGAAAAAUCUCUUGUUCUCAAGGAGGUAGACAUCUCAGAAACAGAAUCUGUCGUUUCUGCCAAUAUAACUCCAGUUCUUGACCUGGUCAGCGCGUCUUCUGCCUGGUGGAGGUCAAGGGCUCUACAGAUCCAGAUGUCACUGUUACCCGAAUCCUCGCCGCUAUUGAGCGCAUUGUCUCUUGCUUUGUUGGACACAAAGGUGGUGAGGACACUCAUCGGUCCUGCUGUGCAAAGUCCUAUUUCCCAGGCAGCCUUAGUGAGCUUCCAUCUCGAGGUGGCCCGGAACAGUAUUGCUGCUGAUUGUGACAACACUACGGUAGAUUCGCUGAUAAAGGCAAAGAAGGCUUCUGGUUUUGAGCUAAUACUGACUGGGUGUAAAGCAAAGAGAACAAAGUUUCAAGACAAGGCUUUUGCUACAUUAACAGUUUUGGCCAAGAGUACCGAAGACAUGUUGAGCCUAAAUGGUGGUUCCUCCACUGAAGGUCCUGUCGAUAUUGAGCUGAAAAGUGACCUUUUGCUGGAGAAGCCUGUAUACGAAUCUGUGGGUGAUGAAGAAGAAGACGUUUUGGGUAAUCCAAUGUUUGAAUCGUCAGGUCAACUCAAGAGAAUCAAGCUGGAUCUCUCAUUAUCUGAUAUGGGAAGUGACUUGAAAGACAAUUCCAACGACAUUUUGCCCAUUGCUUUCAACAAUUCCUUGAUUCCCGAGACUCUGAAGAGUCUAGAUCCAAACAGCCAACCCGCUCUUUCGGAUAUGGACAGUGUUCAACUGCUGUUGAGACUGGCCCAUAUCAGGGCAAAUACCCCCGCCAACGAUGCCUUGGUCCAGGAAGAAUUGACGGCUUUGGUACAGAGGAUCCUUUUCUCGCCUACUGGAUCUACAAAUUGGUCUGUAUUCUCCAGGGCAUUGUGGAUACGUUCGCUGUUGGAGACUUCACAUGCUAAGACAGUGGAAAGAGGUGUCUUGCAAUUGUACUCUUUGACUGAAGAAUUUGGCAUGAAAGUUUCGACUACAGGAAGACUGUUUGCUCUCACCGACGAGGAAAAGAAUUUUUACGAAAAGAUUUUGCCUCAGGGAAAUAAUGCCGUUAUGCUUGCCAAUUCUGUUAGACUGAGGUAUGUUCACCAGCUUCCCUUGAUGCCCAAAUGGGAGAUGGACCACCAAUUGGCCGAGAAAUUGAUUGAACUGGGCUCUCUAAAAUCUGCUUUGGAAAUAUAUGAAAAUCUUCACAUGUGGAUCGAAGCUGCGCUGUGUCAGGCCUCUAUUGGUGAUGAAGACUCUGCUGAAAAAUCUAUUCUGAGACAGUUAGAAUCCCAUCCCAAAGACGCAAGAGCAUUGUCUGUGUUGGGUGAUAUCAGGCAAGAUCCUGAAUUAUGGGAACAGAGUUGGAGUAUUGGAAAAUAUGCUAAUGCCAAAAGAUCUUUGGCAAGAUACUACUACCAGCCACCAAAGGAAUCUGGACUCAGCAGAGACCACGCAAAGGCAAUUGGCCAUAUGUACGACUGUUUGACUGCAAGUCCACUAGCAUAUGAUAAUUGGUAUUUUUAUGGUGUUCUUGGAUUGGAGGCUGAGAAUUUUCAGUUGGCAGCGGAGGCUUUCACUCGUUGCGUCACCAUAGAUGAACAUAACGGUUUUGCAUGGAGUAACUUGGCCACUUCACUGACCCGUUUGGACAAGUAUAGCGAGGCUCUUGUUGCUUUGAAGAAAGCAGUCAGGGCAAGUGAACGUGGAUCCAAUUCUUGGAGGAUAUGGGAGAACUACUUGUUAGUAGCUGCAAAGCUGGGUGAAUGGAACGAUGUUUUGGUUGCAUCCAAGGAGUUGUUGACCAUCAAGAGGGAUAAACAAGGCCAAGGAUCUAUUGAUAUUCCGGUGGUGGAGAAACUAGCUCAAAUCUUGGUUCAGUCCACCUAUGACGGAGAACACUUGACGUCAUUCCAGAGAAACUGUAUCCAAUACAUGACGGUCUCGGUGCCAGCAGUGAUCAAUAACUCAGCAAGAUGCUGGAAUGUGAUCGCUCGUGUGGAGUUAUGGAGAAAAAGACCUUGGGAGGCUCUUGCAUGCCACGAAAAGGCUUAUCGUGCUGUCGUAAGCUCUCCCGAUUUGGCCAUAGACGAGAAGGUGUGGAAUGAGGCUGUAGACGCAUGUCGUGAUCUCGCAGCUGCUUACGAAUCAUUGGGUGAAUUACCCGGAAAACACGACGCGGGUGAUCUCGUCUGCAAGGAUUGGAAGUAUAAGGCCAAGACUACCAUCAGGUCGCUGAUGUCUAAGGGCAAGAGUACCUGGGAGUACUCUGACGGCUGGGAAACUUUAGAGCAGCUCAAAGCUGAAUACAUGUAA